GCGGAAGGCCCAACCAGGAUUUCCUAACAGGAAAACAUAUGGCAAGCACUCGUGAUAAAUAUUAUCAUUCACCAAGUCCGGGUUGUUAAUGAACAUGUUUAUUGUGAUUUAUUAUUUUAAAUAAUCACAUAUUUUUAAUAAAAAAAUAUUUGUCAAAAUGUCGAGUGCGUGCUAUUGCUUUUUGUGGAUAGUUCUUUUUCUGGUGUUUGGCGCAACAUCCGGACUGCAUAUUCCUGGCGGAAAUGGCACGUGUAUGGCUAAUCUCAAAACUGUGGAAAUGACGAAACAUUGCUCUAAGGAGGAACACGUCGAAAGCGCUGUUGCCAUUACACUAUCCAAACACCAGUUCAAGGUGAUUUCCGCGUGUCUUAAUUGCUCCUUUACCAUGGUGACGCGAGCAGACCACGUGCUUGUGGCGACACUCUACAGUUUGGGCACCGAGACUGGCUCUGAUGGGAAAUGUGAUAAAAACCGGCUAGAUGUUUACAAUGGACGCAAGGUGAACGACUCGAGAAUCCUUUCUGGUAAAACCGGAAUCUGUGGGUGCAAAUUUCCCGCCAAGAGUGAAUUCCAGUCUACAGAAAAUGCACUGACAGUCCGACUGUUCACUCCGUGCAACAAUAGAUCAACACACGGAGAACUCGUGCUGGUUGUAUCGUCAAUCCCUAAUGAACUCUACAAUCGUACAGAGUGUCCAGGACAGUUCAAGUGUCUCAGUGGCGAGUGUAUUGACAAGAAUCUCGUCUGCGACGGUACUCCCGCUUGCAAGGACAAAUCAGACGAGACUAACUGUACCGGCGCGCGCAACCACACGUGCGCUGGAAAAUUUGAAUGCGGAAACGGGAAAUGCAUCGACAAAAAUCUCGUUUGCAACGGGAAGAAUGACUGCACGGAUAAGUCGGACGAGAAAGGAUGCCAUGGAAACAAGCAUACGCUGAUGUUUGUACUAAUAGGCAUUGCUGGUUUGGCUGUUAUCGUGUUGGUCAUCAUCCUCAUCGUGCUCUGCUGUCGAUAUUGUUGCCAUGGAUAUGCAUCAGCGUAUAGAAGGCUUGCGUGAAACAAUUGUUGCAAUGACUUAAACUCAUAAUAGUUAUUUUAAGCGUUUUGAUUAUAUAUAUAUUAUGGAAAUGCAGAAAUCAUAACCAUUGAAAUAGGAUGCAGGGAAGCUAUACCAGUAGAACAUCUUGGACACAUAAUUCUUUUUUCCACACUGAGUUCCUGAUAUGUUGCGAUAUCGGAUAAAACAUCAGAUCAGUGUCAGUUCCUUGUCGUUUUAAAAAAAAAAAAAUAAACCGUUUUAAUUAUAAUAUUUACUAUAAUACUACUACAAUAAAAUACUUUGUUUCUUAUAGUUCCGUAAUAAAUUGAGAAAAUAUAUACAUAUAUAUAUAUAUAUCAGCGGAACCCGUCAAUUCAAUACAGGAUUUCCUGAAAUUUCCACUCGAGAUAAAUAUGUACAUUUACAUGUAAGUAUUAAUUUUGUCGGUUGAUAUGUAUAGUGAUAAAACAUGACAUAUUGUUAAGGGUUAAUAUUUAUCAAAAUGUCGAUUGCAUGCCAUUUAUUUUUGUUGGUAGUUCUGGUUUUGGGUGCAACAUCAGGACUUAUUCCGGGAGGAAAUGAAACGUGCAUGGCUAAUCUAAAAACAUUGGAAUUGACCAACCACUGCUCUAAGGAGGAACAUGUCGAAAGCGCUGUUGCCAUUACACUAUUAAAUCACCAGUUCCGGGUGAUUUCCGCGUGUCUUAAUUGCUCCUUAACCAUGGUGACGCGAGCAGACCACGUGCUUGUGGUGACACUCUACAGUUUGGGCACCGAGGCUGGCUCUGAUGGGAAAUGUGAUAAAAACCGGCUAGAUGUUUACAAUGGGCGCAAGGUGAACGACUCGAGUAGCCUUUCUGGUAAAUCUGGAAUCUGUGGAUGCAAAUUUCCCUCCACGAGCGAAUUCCGAUCCACAGAAAACUCACUGACGGUCCGAUUAUUCACUCCGUGCAACAAUAUCACAACACACGGAGAACUCGUGCUUGUGGUGUCCCCAAUCCGUAAUGAACGCUACAAUCUCACAGAGUGUCCAGGAAAGAACCGGUGUCUCAAUGGAGAGUCCAUUAACAAGAAUGUCGUCUGCGACGGUACUCGCGCUGGCAAAGUCAGAUCAGACGAAACUAAGUGUAACCACAAGUGCGCUGGGAAGUUUGAAUGCAGAAAUGGGAAAUGCAUCGACAAAAAUCUCGUCUGCAACGGAAAGAAUGACUGCGCAGAUAAGUCGGACGAGAACGGUUGCCAUGAAAUAAAACACCAUCGGCUUUCCACAUUUAUAGGAUUGGCUGGUUUGGCUGUUAUUGUGUUGGUCAUCAUUCUCGUUGUUCUCUGCUGCAGAUUCUAUUGCCAUGGAUAUGAACCAGCUUACAUGAGGCUUACGUGAACCAAUUGUUACAAUGACAAGACUUUUUCAUAGUUAUGUUGAGUCUUUUAAUGAAUGCUUACACGAGAGCAGCAUAACAAGUGAUGUAGGCUGUUAUGAAGCUAUAGUAUAUUCACAUUAAGUGAACAUUGGAUAAUAAAUAAAGCAGGUCUUCUCCAGACACGACUCGUACAUUUAAGUGUACAUUGGUUUUAUAGAACAUAUACAAACUAGAGAUUUGGAUUUUUUAAAAAAGCGCUUGUCUCCCCUAUUGUGUGGUCGUAGCUGAGAAAAAAUAAAUGAUGGUGAUGAAAUUUGUAAUUUUGGACUGGACACGAACCAACAGUGAAGUUUGGUUUAUUCACCCGUAUUAAAUAGUGAAGAGAAAAAGUGUUGGAAAAUGUAAACAAAGUUUGCAUUGUACGAAGUUCCUGGGCGCUAGCGUUAUUCAUUUAUUGAUCGGAAACC